AAUGCAGUGCAAUUUUUCCGUACCAAAAGUGGAAUUCGUUAAGUUAUACCAAUGUAACAACGGCGCAACGAUGCCAUUAUUAAAGAAACCAUGUAGCCUUCUAGUAAAAAACUGUACAGAUCCAAUACCCUAUCCGAAACAGGCUAUAGUAAGUAAACACAAAGAAGUAGAAACCUCAGGAAACCGGUUACGUUCAAUUAAUAGAAGUUACAGUUUUCUAAACGAUAAGAAAGUAAAUUUCUCUCAGCAACCAGAAAUUAAGAAACAGCAAAUAUUGAUAUUUCCUUCAUCGAUUUCUGAUCUGCCUUUGACUUCGUUCAAACGUCACUCUCCUGCAAUAGAUGAAAACGUAAUUAAAACAAGUAAACGGAAGAAAAUGGAUAAAAUUAAUGAGAAAACAAGAAUUGGCAGUAUUAAUCGCAUCUCAUCGAAUCUUCCAAAAACAAACGGUAACGAUAAAAAAUUGAAAUUAUACAAAUCAGAAAAUGUUAUUCGUCGAUCGCAGAAUGAUACUACUCGGACUAAAUUUUUGUCAUCAAGUUCUACGGAAAAGAUACAUCUGAUGGAGAACAAUAUCUUAAAUAAUUCAAUUGUGCCAAGGAAUACCUCGAAUGUUUCAAUCACAUUAAGUUCAGUAAUUCCAACAGCGACCACGAAGAGAGAAGACGUUGAAAAACAAUGUAUUUUUGAUCCUUAUUGCGAAUCUGUCCUAGAAAAUAUCGACGUAGCCAUAAGAGGAACAAUUUCUAAUAGUAUCAUUAAUCAUGGAGAAUCGAAAGCCUUUAAUCAACUUCAGUGUACCAUGUUUGAUGUUUCGACAUCAGACNAAUUUUUUAAAAACGAACAGACCCGAUACGAUAGAGGCUAUGCAUAG